AUGGUUGCAUUGCAUGCGGCAGCUGACCAGCAGUUCAAAUUUGAUAGGGUUCAAUCACACGCCAUGCUUCGCGUUGCUGUGAUAUUGAUUUGUCCGUGGCUUGCCUCGACCCAGUCCGCCCAGUCUGCUUGCUCCGCUGGCUUGGGGUUGCUACAGAAAUCCCCGCGCCAAAAGAUACUUCAGCUACCAGGCACCCAAUAUGAUUGGUCUCCCGUGGAUGGUGGUGAUGGAAGGGCUUGCAGAGGAGGAAGCGCUUCUGACAACUCGGCCUCCUACUACCGCGUGGUUUCUGGCAUUCAAACAUUGAAUGACUGCCAAGCCGAGUGCAUGAACGACGCGGAGUGCGGAGGUGUCGAAUUCAGCCCUGGGCGCUGUGAAGUUUGGACGAGGGCAGGUGGCAUUGAGGCCACCGUGGCCUUGGACAACUUCCAAUGCUGGAGCUACAAGCCCUCGCUUUACCUUCCAGUCGAUGGCGGCAUCGGCCGCCAGUGCAGAGGCAUCCUCGAGGACGAGGCGAGCUACUUCCUGCAGCCAGGUGUGCAGGCGUUGCCAGCCUGCAAAGGUCUGUGCGAGGCGGAGCCGGCUUGCAAGGGCAUUGAGUAUGCUGUUGAAAGUGAGCAGUGCAAAGUUUGGACCGAAGGCAUUGGCGCGUCGAUUCCUGCGGAGGGCCACGAGUGCUACCGCCUGGAGUUUGUUUAUGUCAACUCCUCCGAGCCGUUGAGCGCCUGCCGGGGCGCACAUGCCAACGACAACAGCGCAAGCUACUUCUCCGUGGUCAACGUGUUAGGCCUGGAGGAGUGCAAGCAGAGUUGCAGGGAGGAGCCUGCCUGUCAAGGCAUUGAGUACUCCUCAGCCCGGUGCGAGGUGUGGACUAGGCCAGGGGGCAUUGAAGCGGUCAAGCCGCUGGCUGGGACCAUGUGCCUGAAGUAUGCUGGGACAACUCUGACGACCACGACUGCAACCCAGGCAACCUCAGCGCCUGUGACCACGACAAGUGCCACAUCAGCCCCUGUGACCACGACAAGUACCACAUCAGCGCCUGUGACCACGACAAGUACCCCAGGAACUACGUCAGUCUCCCGCAAUUGUAGAGGUGCAUACGAGCAGUGUGGCGGCAAGUCAUGGAAUGGCGAGACUUGCUGCAUCUAUGGAUGGGAAUGCGUGUUUGACAACGACUUUUAUUCCCAGUGCAAGCCUAGCAGCCAGCCCACAACCACCAAGCCACUCAACUGUGACGCACCAGGCACGCCCAUUUCCAAGCUGUAUCAACAGUGCGGAGGUGUCUCUUGGAGUGGGGCCAAGUGUUGUGAAGAUGGGACCGUGUGCGUCUAUGACAACGACUACUACUCAAGCUGCCGGAAGAACACUGUCACCACAACUGGUCUGUCGUCCACCGAGACCCAAACCACCCAGGGAAGCAGCAGCAGCACCAGCAACAGCGCCACCACCAGCACCACCACCACCACCACCACCACGACGGCCACAACCACCACAACCACGACGGCCAUCGUUGUCACAACUACCGCAACAACAAGCGGGUCAACCGCUGCGAGCACCACAACCACCGCAAACACCGCCACGGGCAGCACAACAGCCGCUACCACGAGCAGCGCUGCCAGCACUUCAUUGAGCACAGCGACAACCACGACGACCGAGUCUGUGGAGUGCAGAAAGCGGUACGCGCAGUGUGGCGGUAAAACAUACACUGGCGCGACAUGCUGCGAGGACGGCUGGUACUGCAUCUAUGGCGGGCCUUACUACUCCCAGUGCAAGACAACAACCACAACUACGUCUUUCACGUCCGCUUCGGCAGAGAAAAGGGCGGAUGCGCAUUUUCUGCUGCAGGCGACAUUCGGCCCUACACGCGCGACUUUGCAGGAGAUUUCGGGCAAGAGUUACAAUGUCUGGAUGCAGGAGCAAAUGGCAGUGCAGCCAAGCUUGCACCGCGUUUUCUACCGAGAGCGCGUGCAGCCUGAGGCAAGCUCUGGAAAGCAGGUUUUGGUGGAGAACACGGUUGAAGAGCCGGCCUCGGCGCAGACUUGGAGCGGUGGCGCCUGCCCUUCGGUGGCUCGGAGCUUCCAAAACGAGGAAGGCUGUCAGCUCCUCCCUGGCUGUGCUCCGUUGCAGCUGCGCAGCGUGUCCUUGCAGCUGAACACCACGGUUUUGGAGCGAUUCUAUGCGGCGGAGCAGCGCUACGUCUUUGCUUUGGUGGAUCUCAUCCCCACCUCUCCGCCUUGCGGGGAGGCUUCCCGCUGGAAACUCCUGGAUUGUAGCGCGGGCUGUGCAGCCUCAAACCUGGAGUCUGGCGACGCCGCCAGCAUCGCCGCCGCACUCCAGGCAGAAGCUUCGCAGGGUUGGCUCCGCACCGUGGUAGCGACCUGCACUUCCAUGACACCCGGGAUUGUGGUGCAGGUGGGUGAUGAGUACUUUCAACAUGUGCACUCGAGUGAGUACAACGUCUAUGACUUUACUGACUGGGUAGCACAACAUCCGGGGGGCGCUGACAAAAUCCAGCAAUGGACUUCUAAAGGCUACAUCCUGAAGUAUCCAGCCUCCCAUCCCAUGGGACGAUUCGACUCGACGCUGGCCAGAACCUACAUUUGGCCGAACUUUGUGGGGGUAUUCAAUGACAUCGUGGACAUCAGGAGCCUGCCGCAGAGCCUGCAAACGGUCCGCGUGGGGAGAGCCUUUGGGGCCCUUGACAGCUUCGGCACCUUUGCCGAGAUCUGUGGCUCGCCGGGGGAAGUGCCCAACAAGGCGCAGCACCUCUACCCUUUCCACCUGAAGGACGAGGCCUUGGAUUUGAGUUUCGACGUGGCCUACGACUCGGAGAACGUGGCGCUGAGCAAGGCCUCGGUGUGGAGCCAGCUGGCGCUCCAAGCCCCGGACCAGCUGCGCCAGCGCAUGGCCUGGGCCCUGGCGCAGAUCUUCGUGGUGGCCCCGGACGCCGCCACGGAGAACCACACGGAGAUGUUUGUCCACUUCUAUGACAUUUUUGUGCGGCACGCCUUUGGCAACUAUCGAGACAUCUUGCGAGAGGUUACAUACAGCCCCGUCAUGGGCGACUAUUUGACCUACAAGCGGAACCGGGCAUUUGAUAGUGAUGGCGUCUACCCAGAUGAGAACUACGCUCGGGAAAUCAUGCAGUUGUUUUCGAUCGGGCUUUGGAAGUUGAACCCGGACGGCUCCAGAAUGGAAACCGAGGGCAACACUGUGCCAACGUAUUCGAACACAGACAUUAUGAACUUUGCCCGCGUUUUCACGGGCUUUGACGAGCAAGCUGAGCGUUCAAACAUUGAGCACACCGAGGGCAAAAGCAAUGUGAUUGACCCCAUGCGCAUGAGGGCUGAAUGGCACGAUGUUUAUCCCAAACCAAAGCUGGAUGGCGGAUACUUGGGCGAUGGUUAUCCGCUUUGUGCGGAUGUGAAGAACUUCUUGAGUCAAGGUGCCAAGUUCCGCUUCAUUGGCCAUUCGCAGUCUGACACCGAUUUCCUGGUCCUGUCAGCUGAGUCACCGCUGUACCAGCGGCUUUGUGGCGGGGAGGUGUGCAGCCAUCAGCUGGUCGUGGAGCUUGACGAGACGCUGCCGUGCUUUGGCAACGAAUGCUCCGCUGGCUUCACGCGCACGCUGCUAGUGGGCGACGGCUUUUAUGAGUUCUUGUAUCCUGCUUGCGUGUCUUUGUUCUUCCCAGCAGACGUGGAUGUGGUCAUUUACCCUGACGGAACGCUAAGCUCAGCCCUGGACUCCAAGACAAAGCAGAACAGGUUCGUAGGCAACUGGCUCUCCAGCGUCCCUGCGCAGGGGGGAUGCCCCGCUGCCUGCUCCCCCUACGAAACGGGGUGCACUUGCCCCGCAGAGUUGGGCAUGGAGGGCAGCAUGCACGUGGUCCAUGCGGGCGGCUUCACUUUUCAGAACCCCCCGGUCUUUAUGGAGAGGGCGAAGCCUACUGCUCGGGAUGCUUUGUUCGAGGUGGAGGCGUUGCUGGAUCACUUGACACAGCAUCCAAACACCCCGACGUUUAUCGCUUUCCGCAUCAUCCAGCGUUUUGUGACCUCCAACCCCACCGCGGACUACGUCACUGCUGUCAGCGAGGCCUUCAAGUCCGGAGCGUAUGCUGGGGUGACCUAUGGGACCUAUGGGGAUUUGAAGGCGACCCUGAUGGCGGUCCUGCUUCACCCAGAAGCCCGCUCACAGACCAGCUCCAGCAAUGGGGCAUUGCGAGAGCCGUUCUUGAAGGUGAUCCACCUGAUGCGAUCGAUGGAGUACAAGGAUAACAGUGCGAGGCCGGUAUUUCUGCGAAAUCUCAUUGACACCAUUGGCCAAUUUCCCUAUGCCUCACCCACGGUCUUCAACUUCUACCUUCCGGAGUUUCGGCCGGAUGGCUUCCCAGACGGACUCGUUGCUCCGGAGUUCCAGAUCUACACGCCGCCCAACGCGCUGGCCUUCGCCAAUGGCAUGUGCUCCCUCAUCGAUGCUGGGCUGUCGGACUGCAAUCAGGGCUUUGGGGUCGAAGUGUCUGGCUGCUCCUCGGGCAGCUUCGAUUUCACGCAGGCGGGCAGCACGAUGAGCGAGGCGCUGGUGGAGUUGGACCUGUUGCUGACCGGGGGGCGUCUGGAGCACAAGGGGGCCGUGCAGGCCGCUUACCAGCGGGAUGGCUGGAAGGACGCACAGAAGCUCAUGGUGCUGACGCCUGAGUUCAACACCUUGGGCCAUCCUAUGCGAGGCGGUGUAAGGCCACCGGCGCCACCUACAAGCACAGGAGCCGCGUCCAGCUACAAGGCAGUGGUCAUGCUCUUUUUGAAGGGCGGAAUGGAUAGUUUUCAGAUGCUGGUGCCCCUGGACUGCCCGCUCUAUGACGAGUACGCCACGGUCCGCCGCAGCAUCACGCUGCUGCCGGAUGAGGUUCACCGAAUCCAGGCCACCGGCCAGGCCUGUGGUGACUUUGGGAUCCAUCCGCGCCUGCCUUUCCUGAAGCAGCUCUAUGACCAGCAAAAGGUGGCUUUCAUCAACGACGUGGGUUCGUUGGUGGAGCCCUUGACUCCGGACAUGAUUGGCACGGGCUUUCACGCGCAGGGUGGAUCUGGCAAGAGGUGCCAAGGCCUCUUCAGCCACGCAGAUCAGCAGCGGGCCGCUGAGACCCUGACGUGCCAGUACGCCACGGCAGAGUUCAAAGGCGCUGGUGGCCGGAUGGCCGACGCGGUGGCUGCAGGAGACUACAACACUCAGUCUUUCUCCUUGAAGGGUCAAGCCACCUGGCCUCAAGGCUUUGACAUCUCAGGCGACGUCCUUGGUCAAAGUUCGGGCACCUCCGCAUUCCCAGAGUAUGAGCGAUUUCAAGACAUCAUUGACAACAUGACCGGGACACUUCACGGAAACGUCUACAGUGACCAGUACGCGAAGACCCUGCGGCAGUCCAUCAGCUUCAACUUGGGCCUGGAGAAGCAGCUGGCCAACGCCAAGUUGGAGACGAGCUACGAGAUCAACGGCUACCAGCCCCUGCAUUCGCAGCUGAAACAAGCGGCCACCUUGAUCUCCGCACGUGUGGACCGCCAAGCCGAGCGGGAUUUCUUUUUUGUGGAGGAUGGCGGUUGGGAUGCACACAGCGGUGUGCAGGAAAGUCUCUACACGAAGUUUGGACAGGUGAAUAGCGCUCUUGAGCAGUUUGUUACCGAGUUGGAGGCGCAAGGCAUGUUUGAUGAUGUGGUCAUAGUGACGCACACGGACUUCGCCCGAACGUUGACGCCCAACAGCAAUGCCGGCACUGACCACGGGUGGUCGGGCAUUAAUAUGAUCCUUUCCGGGGCAGUCAAGGGAGGUAUUUACAACGACUAUCCGCGCAUGGCAGAGGGCUCUGAGAUGGAUGCUGGCCGUGGCCGCCUUAUUCCCAGGUACCCCCUGGAAGGCAUGAUGAUGCCUGUGGCAGAGUGGAUGGGCAUGCAGCCAGCGCAGGCCAACCAGGUCUUCCCCAACCUUGGCAACUUCAACUCGUCACACAUACUGACAAAAGAGACGCUCUUCGGACCUUAG